AUGCACAAGUUCCUCAGAAAUUUAUACUCCGUGGUUUGCUCAGAGACAGAUCCAUCUAUUGUCUGGAAUGAAGAGGGGAAUGGCUUUGUCAUUUUAGACAAAGCAGAAUUUAUGAGAAACUCUUUCUCUAAACUGUGCAAGUCAGAUGAAUAUGGCACUUUUAUUAGACAGCUGAAUAAUUACGGAUUCUCAAAGGAGAAGAGACUCGGUGUAGAUGAGUUCACAAACCCUAAAUUCAUCAAGGGAUCUCCACAUUUACUUGAAGUCUUGAAGAGAAAGGCAAUACUGCCGAAUGAGAAAAUAAAUGAGCUGGCGAUUGUGCAGAAUAACCAAGCAGUUCUUCAUAAUAAUAUGUCAGCAAUGAAUGAAAUGAACAGAAAACUCUCCAGGGAAGUGUACAUUCUUAAGAAAAAAGUAGACCAGCAAGACAGAACCAUAAACGAGCUGGUGCGGGCAUUCAUAAGGAUAUUUAACAAACAAGAAACAAAAGAAGAAACACUCCGGCUAAAGGACAACACAGAAAUAGGGAAUAUCCUGCUAGACAUACCCGCACAGCCACCAGCAGAGUCUGAGGAUAUAAGCAUAGAUGAAUUCUUGAAUAAUGAAUUUGAUCAAGUAUAGCCCAGGGCAAUGCAGUUUUUAUUUAACCAUGCGUAGCAUUAUACUGAAAUGUAAUUUUAGGUUAAUUCGGGCUGCACUGCCAGAUAUUUAUAGACUAAAGUUCAGUAAUACUCUGAAUCACAAACAGGCAAUACACCAGAAGUAUAUACAGAAUAUAAUCAUUCCAUAAAUU